AUGAUUGUGGGACUGUGCAGCCAGGUGCUGUCCAGCGCUUACGACAUCUUGUCUGACCCUGAGAAGUUCAAGAAGUGGGAGGCCAGCGGGCGCGGCGGCGGCGGCCGGCCAGGCCCGGGCGAGAGCUCGCGGGGAGGCUCGUCGGAGUCGGCGAGGCGGCAGCAGCAGCGGUGGGAGGAGCAGCGGGCCUGGGAGGCGCGCCGGGCGCGGCAGCAGGCCGGGCGCGGCGGCGCCCAGGACUCCGACCUCUCCGCGGCCGCGUUCGCCGUGGGCAAAGCGGCCGCCGUCGCGGCGGGCAUCGCUGGAGCCGCCGUGGGCGCCGCGGGGAAGGCGGUCCAGGCCGCCGCGGGCCCGGGCGUCGCGGGCCAGGGCAUCACCGGCCUUGCAGGAGCGGCAGGCAGGGCGGUGGGCUUCGCAGGCGCAGCUGGCAAGAGCGUGCUCGACAGCGUUUCGCCGCGCGCGAGCCGCAUUGCAAAGAUGAAGCUCGACGAGCUGCUGGAGUUCAUCGGGCAGGCUCCCACGCCCCCCGCGGGCGCCCCGCGGGCGGCGGCGUCGGGCGACCUCCGCGCCGAGGAGGCGGAGGCGGAGAGGCUGCAGGCGCGCGUGGACUCCCUUCGGCGAGACCAGGACUCGUGGGAGGAGCAGGCGCGUGCCCUGAACUCGUCGGGCGACCGUCGCGGCGAGCUGGAGGCGCUGCGGCGCGCGCUGCAGGCCAAGGACGCCGGGAGGGCCGCGCGGGCGGAGCUCUUCGCGUGCUACGACCGCAUAGACGCCGCCCGCGGCGCGCCGCGGCCGUAG